GCUGCUCUUCCUUCAGGUGUGCUAACUUCAGUGAUGUGACGUGAACAGGUGAACAGGUCACUUACCUCUCCUUCUUCCUCCUGUUUUAGUUCAGCUCUUCAAACACAAGUCUGUUUAGAGAGCCAGAGAGAGAGGGGACAGAGCAGGUCUUAAUAGUCCCAUUAAAGCUCCAGGAGAGUCUCUGUGUUUAAUCCUCCUGAUGAUGAUGGAGGGUGGGAUCAGGGAGAACAGUCGGUGAAAGGUUGAGUUUUGAGGACUUAGGCUGCUCUUCACCCUCCAGGACUCAGCUCCUCCUGCUCCUCCUGCUCCUCCUCAUGCCUGAAGGCCCGGUACCCUCCAUCUCUUCACCCCCUCUGAGCUUUGUUCUGAUUUUAACUGAACCACUCCUCCUCUGGUCAUGAAUCCCUACGGAGACACAACCCUGAACUCUGGUUCUCAAAGUCCGCCUCCGUCUUCCCCUCCUGACCCUUCCUAUGAUCCACCUCCUGCAGCCAUGUUACCGUCUCCUCAGAUCAUCCAGACCAGUCAGAACCUUGAGACGGAUUUAAGCUUUCAUGGUCCUUCAGAACAAGGUGGAGUUCAGAACGAGGUGGACCGCUCCGUGUCUCCACCUCCAGCCUCAGAUCUGGUCCUCAGCCUUGCGUCGAGCCUAUCAGAAAACACGUCUCCACUAAACCCUUACCUCGUUCCCUCUACUCCGCCCUCCUGCCAGAUCUCCGUCAUCAUCCCAUCCCCAGACCUCCACCCGACUCCACUCCACCCUCAGUGCUGCGAUGACUCCAGUCCGGACCUGGAGUGCUCCAUCUGCUUCAGCCAGUUCAACAACGUCUUCCGCUGUCCCAAGAUGCUUCAGUGCAAGCACACGUUCUGCCUGGAGUGCCUGGCGCGCAUCAACGUCAAGUCGACUCAGCCCAACGCCAUCCAGUGCCCGCUGUGCCGCAGCUUCACACCGCUGCCCGACCUCGGCCUGCCCAAGCUGACCACCGACUCGGACGUGCUGUCCUACCUGCCGGCCGCCAUGCAGAGAGUCUACAGCAUCCGCUUCCACAGGAACAAAGGGAAGCUGCAGGUCAAAAGGUCAUCUGACGGUAAUAAUCGGUGGGGUCAAAGGUCGCUGACAUCUCUGAGGUCAACAAACCGCUCCCUGGACGUGGGGCUUCCCAGCCCGCCUGCAGGGGGUCACAGCGGCAGAGAGACAGGCGGCUGUGGCGAAGCUCUCUUCAGACUGACGGGCCGGCCGGCGUGCCGAACCUUCCUCCUGACGUCCGUGGUGAUGAUGCUGAUGCUGCUGACGGGCAUCGUCAUCUUCCUCCUCACCUACGACAUGGACCCAGGCAGUAAGUGACAUCACUUCCUGUCUUUUCUUCAGCUGCGAUGGAAAAACACAAACAGUGAUCUGGAGGGAAAAGUGAGUCUGAGUCUAAUUAAUGAGCAACAUGUGUGUCAGUGAUCCGCGGCUUCAAGACAAAACCUGAUCCAGAUGUCAAUAAAACCAUCGUUCAGGACGGUUGUGCAAUCAGUGCAGCUCUGAACUCUCUGACAUGGGAGAGGACGAGCUGCUGUGAAUCCACACUGUGGGAAUCAAACUGAGAACCUGAGAGGCAGCGGACUUUCAUCUCUUCAUGAAGUGCCAAAAGAUUCAGAGAGGCAUGAAGAGAUUCAAACAUUAGACUCCAUCUCUUCUUUUAACGACACACAGCUGAGUCACCAAAUGACACUCCUGUUACAGCUGAGGUGGUCUGCAGAACGUCAGAGGAGGCAGACUUUAAUAUUUAUUACUGUGCUUAUCUUGUUCCUCAGACUUCAGACAACAAGCUGGCAGUUUAAAAAAAGUACCAGGCGUUUGAACUUCUUCCUGUUUUAUUCCUUAAAGGUGAAAACACAGUGAGAGCACUUAAAUCCUUCUUUUAGUCACCUCAAGUGAAAAAAAUAGUCACAACUCACUAAUGUGCACUACCUGAACCUGUCAGCAGGUGGCGCCUGCUUCCACUUCUCCUGUUUGAACUUGUUCUGACAGCCUGAAGGAACCUGAAGGAACCUGAAGGACCACGUCUUGUAACUUUAAAGUUAUUAGUUUUAUGUUCUGCUCACAUUCGAGUCACUCAUACUGAAGCUGUGACCUCGCCCUCACUUUUAACCAAAUGCUGUGAACAGGAGUCAUGCAAAUGAGCCGCACCGCAGAGGACGUCAGACUUUCAUGGAUGUGACGUAGGCUGACAAACUCCUGAACAGCUGGACUGUUUGAAAAUAUUACAAUUCCCCUGAGGUGGAAUAUUGUCUUCCUUUUAGUCUCUGCUGUGACAUGUUCUGGUGCGUACACGAUCAACAGGUUUAGAGAAGGUCCAGUUGAUGGUUUCAGAGGCAACACGGCUGCAGAGGACGUCCACUAAAAGUUCUGGCAUCUGUGGACAGGAAGGGAUUUAAAGAAACAUGAAGCUUACUUCUUACUGUAACCCUGUCAGACUCUUAAAUAACAAUCUGAGACCAGGACUAACAGAACAGACGUGUUAGUGGACGGACUAAAAAAAAGGCUCAGGGUCAAAAACACUGGAACCUCAGGAGGUGUUGUCCAGUUUCUACAAGGUGCUUUUAAAGCAACAGGAAGUCGCCCUUUCCCAAAACUCUGCAACAGGAAGUCCUCUCUGCGAAGCCACGAUGCAGAUAACUUUCAUAUCCUUCAACUGUUCUGAUGUGGAGUCAGAUAAUUUAAAGACUUGAAUAAAUAACACUCCAAUAACACUCCAAAGAUCUGAUCCAGGAGGCGUGAAGGGUGCUGGUUUAAAGAGCGUUAGCCAGCUGCUCUGCCUCACCCUGCAGGAGCCCGUGAGUCCCUGAGUGCUGCCCUGGUAUCAAGCACUGAUGGACCGUGUGAGUCCAGUUCAGCCCAACCCUAACCCUGCUGACCACACAACAGAACCUCAUCACUCUUUUAAAAGAGCUCCUUUACUAACACAGGUUUUAAAGUCUGACCCUGAAGCUGAGUGUUCCAUCUGACACUUUUUAAUCUGUUGUUCACCUUCUCUCUGUUUUUAAGCACCGACCUGUUUUAAUUUAAAAUGUAAAAAUAAAUAAUUUUAUAUAUUUAUAAA